AUGGGCCUCUUGGGUAUCUUAGUACUUUUCAUUUAAAUUCAAUUGAUUUUUUUGUUAAAACCUUACACAGACCCAAGAUUUAAUGAGAUUGAAAAGCUCUCUGUUUAUUCAGCAACAUUAACCUUAUUCGGUGGCAUGUUCUUUAUAUAAGAGGAGGUGGAAUAAAAUAGUGAGCUAUUAGUAGCCCUAUUUUUGGUAAUCUUACUUUUCAAUGCUCAUUUCAUUCUGGUCUGGAUAAUUACAUUUGGCAAGAUACUUGUGCGACUACACUUAAAAAAACUAGCUUAAUACAAGUGCUUCAAAUUUCUAAAAAUGUACAACAUUAGAGAUUAUGAAAAUGAUUUAAAAGAAUACUUUAAAAACAAAGAAAUUGAAACUCAAAGAAAAGAAAGUGGAAUUUUCUAUUCAAAUUCUUCCAAAAGCAAUUAGUAUUUUGGAGAUGCACUUUAAGAAUUAAAAAAAUCUAUAGAUGAAGGAAUGAAUCUAUCAAAAGUUUUUAUUAAUCGAAACUGUGAUCCUCAAACACUAAAAGACCAAUCUAGCUUAAUAAAUAUUCAAACUUUAAGAUACGAAGUUCAAAAUUUAUACAAGUAAAAUCUCAAUAAAAAGCAAAAUCCUAAUUUCAAAAAAAAAGGAUAAUGUCUAAAGAUCAAUAUCCUUAAAAUUAAAUCAGGAAAGAAAAGUAUACUCUGCAAGAAACAUUUCACAAAAUCUCCUGCUGCAAUUGAUAUAUACCCAUUCGUAUAAAAGAUUAGCCUUUUCAAAGAAAUCAAGAAGAAAAAAUAGUAAAGUGAAAAAACUUUGGUAUCUAGAUUUAUGAAACCGAAGAGAAUAAAAAAAAUGAAAUCAACAAAAUCUGAAAUGUUUGCUAUUGAAGUUGAUGCAAAGCUUUUGGCUUAAAAAUUAAGAGACAACUUUUGUUUGUAUGAUAAUAAUGAUAAUUGUAAGUAGAUAUUAUAAAAGUAGUGA